AUGGAGCCUGGAGUGGCUAACGGGGUUUAUGAACUACGCAUGCGCAGAGGAGGUGGGAGCCCUGAGGAGGAGGGGAUGGCGCCUGUGCCCCUGCCAGCCAGGCCCUGCCGGGAAUCAGUGACAUUCCAGGAUGUGGCUGUUGAAUUCACCUGGGAGGAGUGGGAACAUUUGAAUGCAUCUCAGAAAAAGUUGUACAGGGAUGUGAUGCUGGAGAACUACAAGAACUUGGUCUCUUUGGAGAACAAAGAACUUAUUGGAAAGAAACUUUAUGAAUGUAAUAAAUGUGGGAAUGCCUGCAGAAGUAAAGCACAACUUAGUAUGCAUCAGAGAAUUUCUACUGGAAAGAAUGAAUGUGAGGAAUGUGGAAAGACCUUCCAUCACAACUCAGCUCUUAUGAAAACACAAAAAAUUCCUACUGGAGAGAAACGUUAUGAAUGUAAUGAAUGUGGAAAAGCCUUCAGGAGGAAGGCACAUCUGACUGUGCAUCAGAGAAUUCAUACUGGAGACAUUCUUUAUGAAUGUAAGGAAUGUGGAAAGGCUUUCCACUACAACUCAGCACUUAUUCUACAUCAAAGAAUUCAUACUGGAGAGAAACCUUAUGAAUGUAGUGAAUGUGAAAAGGCCUUCAGGAGUAAGACACAACUUACUGUGCAUCAGAGAAUUCAUACUGGAGAGAUUCUUUAUGCUUGUAAGGAAUGUGGAAAGACUUUUCACUACAACUCAGAACUUAUUCGUCAUCUAAGAAUUCAUACUGGAGAGAAACCUUAUGAAUGUACUAUAUGUGGGAAGGCUUUCAGGAGGAAGCCACAUCUUACUGUGCAUCAGAGGAUUCAUACUGGAGAGAAGCCUUAUGAAUGUAGCGAAUGUGGGAAGAACUUCAAAAGGAAGGCACAACUUACUGUGCAUCAGAAAAUUCAUACUGGAGACAUUCUUUAUGAAUGUAAGGAGUGUGGGAAGGCUUUCCACUACAACUCAGCACUUAUUCUACAUCAAAGAAUUCAUACUGGAGAGAAACCUUAUGAAUGUAGUGAAUGUGGUAAGGCUUUCAGGAUUAAGGCACGUCUUACUGUGCACCAGAGAAUUCACACCGGCGAGAUUCUUUAUGCAUGCAAGGUUUGUGGGAAGGCUUUCCAUUACAACUCAGAACUUAUCCCACAUCAAAGAAUUCAUACUGGAGAGAAACCUUUUGAAUGUUUUGUAUGUGGAAAAGCCUUCCGCCGGACUGUAGAUCUUACUCAACAUCAAAGCAUUCAUACUGGGGAAAGACCUUUUGAAUGUAAUGAAUGUGGGAAGACCUUCACACUGAGGAAAUAUCUUGUUCAGCAUCAAAGAAUUCAUUCUGGAUAGAAAACUUAUGAGUGUAAUAUGCGUGGGAAGACCUUUAGAAUGAAGACACUAGUUUAUGUCCAUCAGAGAAUUGAUACUAGAGACAUUCAUCAUCAAUAUAAGGAGUUUGAGAAGGCCUUCUACUAUAGCUUAGAAGUUUUUUUGACAUAAAGGAGAGAAACCUUAUGAAGGUAGUGAAUUUGGGAAGGCAGAUCUUACUUUGCACCAGAGAAUUCAUAUUGGAAAGCUUAUUUUUAAAAAUAUUUUAUUUUUUCAAUUUCAUCUAAAUAAAUUUUAACAAUCAUUUAAAAAAUUUUUGAGUACCAAAUUCUCUCUUUUCCUUCCAUCCUUUCCACCCUUCAUGAGAAGGCCAACAGUUUAAAACAGACGAUACAUAUACAGUCAUGCAAAAUAUUUCUGUAUUGGCCAUGUUGUAAGAGAAAACAUGGCCAAAAAAAAGAAAAAGAAAGAAUUAUUUUUUAAGUAUGCU